GACGCAUGUAUAAAGCUUGGCUGAGCGUCUCCUUCUGUGAUACCACUAUCAACCUCAUCGACCUGAAUACUCGGCAUCGUAUUGUCUCCUAAAGAAGCAAACAGUUAAUUACCUUUGGGGAAGCCCACCCCCUGAGUGGCCACCAUGGGGGACGAUAGCGAGUGGAUGAAGCUUCCCAUCGACCAGAAAUGUGAACACAAGGUGUGGAAAGCACGACUGAACGGUUAUGAAGAAGCUCUGAAGUUGUUCCAGAGGAUAGAAGAUGAGAAGAGUCCAGAGUGGGGGAAGUACCUGGGACUCAUAAAGAAGUUUGUCACAGACUCCAAUGCUGUGGCUCAGCUUAAAGGCCUGGAGGCUGCACUGGCCUUCAUUGAGAAUGCGCAUGUUGCUGGAAAGACCACAGGCGAAGUGGUGUCUGGUGUGGUGACCAAAGUAUUCAACCAGCCAAAGGCACGGGCGAAGGAGCUGGGCUCGGACAUCUGCCUGAUGUAUAUAGAGAUUGAGAAAGGUGAGGUCGUUCAAGAGGAGCUCCUCAAAGGACUGGAGAAUAAGAACCCAAAGAUAGUGGUGGCCUGUUUCGAGACUCUGAGGAGGGCUCUCAGUGAGUUUGGGUCUAAAAUUGUGACAUUAAAACCAGUAGUGAAGGCUUUGCCCAAACAGUUUGAGUCCAGAGAGAAGGCAGUGAGAGAUGAGGCCAAACUUCUUGCAGUAGAGAUCUUCAAGUGGAUCAGAGAUGCUCUGAGACCUCCGCUGCAGAACAUUAACUCUGUACAGCUGAAAGAGCUGGAGGAAGAGUGGGUGAAGCUGCCUACAGCACCUCCUAAGCAGACCAGGUUCCUGCGCUCACAGCAGGACCUGAAGGCCAAGUUUGAACAGCAACAAGCCCAAGGAGGAGACCAGUCUGAUGGAGAUGCCGAGGUGGACACAGCAACAGCGGUGGAUCCUUAUGAACUGCUGGAAGCUGUGGAGAUUCUGUCCAAGCUGCCCAAAGACUUCUAUGAGAAAAUCGAAGCUAAGAAGUGGCAGGAGAGGAAAGAAGCUCUUGAGGCUGUGGAGGCUCUCAUCAAGAAUCCCAAACUGGAGAACGGAGAUUAUGGAGACCUCGUCAGAGCUCUGAAGAAGGUUGUUGGUAAAGAUGCCAACGUGAUGUUAGUGACGCUGGCAGCUAAAUGUCUGGCUGGCCUGGCUUCUGGUCUCAGGAAGAAGUUUGGAACAUAUGCAGGACAUGUUGCUCCAACUAUUUUGGAGAAGUUUAAAGAGAAGAAGCCUCAGGUGGUCCAGGCCCUGCAAGAGGCAAUGGAUGCCAUCUUUCACACUACCACUUUGCAGAACCUAUCUGAGGACAUCCUGGCUGUGAUGGACAAUAAGAAUCCAUCCAUAAAGCAGCAGGCCUCUCUGUUUCUGGCCCGCUCUUUCAGACACUGCACACAGGCUACGCUGCCCAAGAGUGUCCUCAAACCCUUCUGUGCGGCUCUCAUCAAGCAAGUGAACGACUCUGCUCCAGAGGUGCGUGAUGCUGCAUUUGAAGCUCUGGGGACAGCCAUGAAAGUGGUGGGAGAGAAAGCUGUUAACCCCUUCCUGACUGACCUGGAUAAGCUUAAACUGGAUAAGAUAAAGGAGUGUGCUGACAAAGUGGAGCUCCCUGGAGGAAAGAAGGGUGCAGGUGGUGGUGGUGGAGGGGUAGACAAGAAGCCAGCAGCUAAAGCACCUCCCCCUGUUGAAGCUCCAUCCAAAUCUUCUGGCCCACCCAAAAAGAGCCAAACUUCUGCUGCCAGCAAGCCUUCAGCAGGUCCAGCUAAGAAAGGCAAACCUACUGCAGCAGCUGGAGGAAAAGCCAAAAAGGCAUCAGACAACAAAGAAGUGAUGGAGAGUGAACUCUCGGUUGAGGUGUGUGAAGAGCUGGCAGGAGGUGUACUUCCUGCCUCAUGUCUGCAACAGCUCGACUCGGCUAACUGGAAGGAGAGACUGGCCAGUAUGGAGGAGUUCCAGAGAGCUGUUGAGACUAUGGAUAAGACUGUGAUGCCCUGCCAGGCUUUGGUCCGGAUGUUGGCCAAGAAACCAGGCUGGAAGGAGACAAACUUCCAGGUGAUGCAGAUGAAGCUGCACAUUGUGGCUCUUAUAGCUCAGAGGGGACAGUUUUCAAAGACGUCUGCCUCUUUCGUGUUAGAUGGUUUGGUUGAUAAGGUUGGAGAUAUCAAAUGUGGUGGAAAUGCCAAAGAGGGACUGACUGCAAUUGGAGAGGCCUGCUCUCUGCCAUGGACUGCAGAACAGGUUGUGUCAAUGGCAUUUGCACAGAAGAACCCGAAAAACCAAGCAGAGACUCUCAACUGGCUGGCUAAUGCAAUGAAGGAGUUUGGCUUUGCUGGCAUCAAUGUGAAGGCUUUUAUCAACAACGUUAAGACGGCUCUGGGAGCAACUAACCCUGCUGUUAGGACAUCAGCCAUCACUCUGCUAGGAGUCAUGUACCUGUACAUGGGAGCCCCUCUGCGCAUGUUCUUUGAAGAUGAGAAACCAGCCCUCCUUGCUCAGAUCGAUGCGGAGUUUGAAAAGAUGCAGGGCCAGUCUCCUCCCGCUCCAACCAGAUCCACCAAGAAGACAGGCACAGAGGAUGCUGGGGGUGAUGGAGAGGAGGAGGACGAAGAUGGGGGAGGAGGAGGAGGAGGAGGAGGACAGGACAUCAUGGACCUGCUGCCCAGAACGGAUAUCAGUGACAAGAUUACAUCUGAUCUGGUGUCUAAGAUUGAGGAUAAGAACUGGAAGAUUAGGAAGGAGGGUCUUGAUGAGACUGCAGCCAUAAUAUCUGAGGCCAAAUUCAUCACACCCAACAUUGGAGAGCUGCCUCUGGCUCUGAAAGCUCGCCUAAGUGACUCCAACAAAAUCCUGGUCCAGCAGACCCUGACUAUCCUGCAGCAGCUGGCGACAGCGAUGGGACCUGGACUCAAGCAGCAUGUAAAGUCACUGGGAAUCCCUGUCAUCACUGUACUGGGAGACAGCAAGGCCAACGUGCGGGCAGCUGCCAUGGCAACCCUGCAGGCCUGGGUUGAGCAGACAGGGAUGAAGGAGUGGCUGGAAGGAGAAGACUUUUCAGAAGAGCUGAAGAGAGAGAAUCCAUUCCUACGUCAGGAGGUGCUCGGCUGGUUAGCAGAGAAGCUGCCCACCCUGAGGAGUGUCCCACCAGAUCUGAUGCUGUGUGUCCCUCAGCUCUACAGCUGCUUGGAAGACAGAAACGGAGACGUACGAAAGAAAGCUCAGGACGCUCUGCCCACCUUUAUGAUGCACCUGGGCUACGACAAGAUGAACAAGGCUACUGGGAAACUCAAACCGGCCUCUAAGGAUCAGGUGGUUGCCAUGUUGGAAAAGGCUCGAGCAGUGAUGCCGGCUAAACCUGCGGCUCCUGCCAGAGCUGGAGGGAAAGGCUCCGCAGAGCCCAGAGAGUCUUCAGCCACCAGGGGUCAGCCUGCUGCUGACGAGUUUGACAGCAAACCUGAGGUUAAGAAGGUUCGAGGAGGAGUGGCUGCUAAAAAGCCUUCCUCCCCUCCUGAGGAACCCGCCCCUCCCCCUCCCUCCAAGGACAAGGACAGUAAUGCUAGUAAAAAGCCCCUGGGCAAAGGGAAGGCUGCAGCUGGCAGUCAACAGGGUCCAGCUGGAAAGAAGCCUGCAGCUAAAGGGAUGAAGGAUGAUGAAGAUAAGUCUGGGCCACUCUUCAUCCUGGUUCCCAACGCAAAGGAGCAGAGAAUCAAGGAGGAGAAGCAGCUGAAGAUUUUGAAGUGGAACUUCAUCACUCCCCGAGAUGAGUAUGUGGAGCAGCUGAAGACUCAGAUGUCUAUCUGCUUUGCUAAGUGGCUGCAGGACGAACUUUUCCACUUUGACUUCCAGAGACAAGUCAAGGCCAUCGGAGUCAUGAUCGAGAGGUUGGAAAGUGAGAGCGAGGCCACCAUGAGCUGUCUGGACCUGAUUCUAAAGUGGUUCACCCUGCGUUUCUUCGACACCAACACCACGGUCCUAAUGAAGGUGCUGGAGUAUCUGAAACUGCUGUUUGCCAUGCUAAACAGAGAAAACUAUCAUCUAACAGAGUACGAGGCCACCUCCUUCAUCCCCUACCUCAUACUAAAGGUUGGAGAGUCUAAAGAUGUGGUACGUAAGGAUGUGAGAGCCAUCCUUGCAAUGCUCUGUAAGGUUUACCCUGCAUCCAAGGUGUUUCCUUUCCUGAUGGAUGGAACUAAAUCCAAGAACUCCAAACAGAGAGCUGAAUGUCUGGAGGAGUUGGGUUGUUUAAUAGAGGGCUACGGAAUGAAUGUAUGCCAACCCACUCCUGCAAAGUCUCUGAAGGAGAUCGCAGUCCACAUCGGAGACAGAGACACAUCUGUCCGCAACGCUGCCCUGAACACCGUGGUGGCAGUCUACAACGUCUGUGGGGACCAAGUCUACAAACUAAUAGGAAAAUUGUCAGAGAAAGACAUGAGCAUGCUUGAGGAGAGGAUCAAGCGUUCAGCCAAGAAGUCUCCUGCAGCUCCUGCCAAGCAGAGCGCCGCUGAGAGGUCACAAAGAGAGCCUCCUACAAACCCCAACGCCACCUUCCUCCGCAAACCCGCUCAGGAAGACCCCAACAAACUCAAAAUAAUGUAUCGCACGUAUAGGAUCCAAGCCCGUCAGAACGCCCACCACAGCGAGUCCUCCCACCCAUCCAUCCCCAAGGAGUUCCAGUUGGACCUGGACAUGAUCGAAACGGACCACAGUGGAGUGUGUGAGCUGCCCGAUCUUGUCCAACACAAGCUGGACGAGCUGCUGGAACCCAUCAUGAUCCCUGAACCCAAGAUGCGCUCUGUCUCUCCACACUAUGACGACCUUCACAACAGCACGGCCUCCACCAUCAACUUUGUCAUCUCUCAGGUGGCAAGUGGCGACAUCAACACCAGCAUACAGGCACUGGCACAGAUCGAUGAGGUGUUGCGACAGGAGGACAAAGCAGAAGUCAUGUCGGGACACAUUGAUCAGUUCCUUAUCGCCACUUUCAUGCAGCUGAGGCUCAUCUACAGCACGCACAUGGCUGACGACCGGCUGGACAAGAAGGACAUCAUCAAACUGUACAGCUGCAUCAUUGGAAACAUGCUCUCUCUGUUCUCUAUGGAGUCCCUGGCCAGAGAAGCAUCUAUGGGCGUGCUGAAGGACCUGAUGCAUGGCCUGAUCACUCUCAUGUUGGACGGCAGAGUGGAGGACAUAGAAGACGGACAGCAGCUCAUCAGGUCUGUCAACCUGCUGGUCAUCAGGGUCCUGGAGAAGUCUGAUCAGACCAACAUGAUCAGUGCCCUUCUGGUUUUGCUUCAGGACAGUUUAGUGACAACAGCUGGCCCCCCCAUGUUCUCUGACCUCGUCAUGAAGUGUCUGUGGAGGAUGAUCCGCUUCCUCCCGGAGACCAUAAACAGCAUCAACCUGGACAGGAUCUUACUGGACGUCCACAACUUCAUGAAGGUUUUCCCUAAAGAGAAACUCAAGCAGCUAAAGAGUGACGUUCCACACAGAACACUCAAGACCCUGUUACAUACGCUGUGCAAACUCACAGGGGCCAAGAUUUUGGACCACUUAUCAAUGAUAGAGAACCGUAAUGAGUCAGAGUUGGAGGCCCACCUAAGGCGGGUGGUUAAACUGUCUGGAAACUUGUCAGGACACAAGAGUGACCGUGGUAAUGAGAAGGGCGGUCUACGCACGGAGGACCGGAUGUCAAAGGCCAAAGUCAGUGAUAUUCUGUCUGAAAUCUUCAAGAAGAUCGGCUCCAAGGAGAAUACUAAAGAGGGUUUGACAGAGCUGUAUGAAUACAAACAGAAGUACUCCGAUGCCGACCUGGAGCCUUUCCUCAAGAACACAUCACAGUUCUUCCAGAGCUACGUGGAGCGAGGCCUCCGCAUGAUCGAGUCUGAGAGAGAGGGCAAGGCUCGCAUCCAGACCUCUGCAGUGAUUCCUCAGCACGGUGUGGACUCCAGUCUGAGCAGUAACAAUGAAGAGCUGAAACCAGCAGUUUACUACGAGAGACUAAAGAUCCUCAGACAGAGACAAGGACUGGAAAACAACACAAGGCAGGGCCUCGUCGGAGGUGAGGACGAGCCUCAGCACCGACCUCCCAUCUCCUCCCUGCUGUCCUCCAAGCCGUCGGUGGCCUCCUCCACUGACAUGCUCCACAGUAAGCUGUCUCAACUCAAAGAGUCCAGAGAGCUGUACCAGCAGGAACACAACGCACACUCCCACUCCCCCACGCAUGGACACACGCGCUCUGCCUCACCUGCGGCCAAUCUGGACGACCUGAAGAAACGUCUGGAGAGAAUAAAGAGCAACCGGCAGUGAGGAGCGCUGCAUCGCCACCUCAUCUCAUCCGCAAAAGCCUGUGGAGUUCAGCUGGUAGAACAUCCGUUGUCCUUUUUCACUCCCUCUGUGUUCAUUUUCAUGUUCUGGUAGACAGAGCUAGAAAGCACUUACAGCCCUUUCUGUUUCAGUAAACCAGGUAGCAACUGACAAAACACACCUUGAGUUUGAUCCUGACUCCACCCACUGUGCCUGUACGUUAUUAGAAAUCAAACGCACCCUGAUCUGAUUGUAUAGUUGAGUACAUUCAGAUUGAACUAAGGCUGUGACUGGGAUUUUUAGCACACAUACAAAAAAACAGGACCCAUUUUUAAUGAGACAUCAUGUUUGUCGCCCAUCAGAAGAGAUAAACCAGAGUGAGUCGUGUUGUGUGUCAACUGUAGUUCUCGGUCUGUACAGUCUCAUCCCACCACCACAUCUCAGCCUUCACCUUCACUGUAUUAUAACAACAUAGUGAACUCCCCCUACUCCUCCUCCUCUGUUUUAGUAUCAUUACACAAAAUGUUUGUACAUAUUUAAAGGUUGUUAACCACUUUAACCGUUAUGAAGAGCUUCUCAUGUGGUUACAGGGACAAAACACGCCUGAGGGGUUGUUUUUGUUCAUGUUAACCAUGAUGCACCAUGUCACUGCUGCUGUGUUCAGAAGGAGAAACUGCUGUAAAUAGCUGAGGAUGCUGUGGAAAUGCAGUGUGUGACUGCCACCUUGUGGCUCAAACUGUUAUCAGUUUUUAAAUGUCAGUGAUUGCAGCUGGAGUCAGAUUUGCACAGAUAUUUAGCUUGUGCAGUUUAAACCACAGAAUUGUUUCUGUUGUUUGGUGACGAGGUUGUAAGAUCACUGUGCAAACUGGACGUGAAGCUCCACAAUUACUUGAAUAAAUAAUGUGUCUGUUUUCUGUCAAUUUCAGACACUUUUCGCCACAAAAUGAGUUUCACUGCAUUUUCACUGCAACGUUGAGCCCUCUGUUUCUUUCUGCUGACAAGACUGAAGAAGCCACGGCUGUGUGCGGAUUUUAAAGGAUGUGUUUAGUCAGGGUUAUAUAUGUAGUCUGUUCAUUUUUAUCCUGAAAGCAUUUUGUGGCCUUUCUUGAUAUGGUUGUUCAAAGUCAGUGGUUUUUUUAUCCUUAUAUUUAAAGUGGAAUUCUUCUAUUUUUAAACCUUGGACUGUUCUAUUACUUAUUUUGGGGUCUACUUGAUAUUACAAGUUAUGGGAUUGCUUCCACAACAGAUUUCAUCAACCAAAGGAGUGAUUUUAUGUUGAAGAACACUGGAGUUGCUGGUUAACAACGGCUGCUUUCUGCAAAGUAAAAUGACUGCCUUGUCUCAGAGUCUGGAAUUGAGAUUGUUGUUGACCCCAAAAUGUGUAAAAAGAUUCCCUAGGUUCAAAAAUAAUUUCCCCUUUAAGGUAGAAUAGGUUUAAAAACUGCUACUUUCAUUUUAGAGGUGAAGUGGCACAAAUAAGCGUUAGAUGCUGUUAUUUUUCAGCCGGUCAUAAAGGAGACUCUGUCCCUUUUUAAUCAGGACGAUGAGACCAAGCAGAGGCGUACACAGUUGUGUGUAAGUUGUGUGAUUGUGCUGUGGGUUGACAUAAGGCUGUAAAUACUGUACUUAAUGUCCUCCAUUAACUCUUCCCCUUCAGUUAUUUAACAGCAGCCACUCUGUUGUGUUAGUAGGCUUUAAAGAGCAUGGCAUGAUGUCAGUGAUUGUUUUUAUUUUCUCAUGUAAAUAAAGUUUGCAUUAAUAAAACCUUGUUUUAAUAAAGCCAUUGUUUUUCUGAUGAACACUACAAUGAUGAGGAUGAUGAUGACUAUGGUCAUCACCCUGUCAGUCAUCUGCUCUGUAGCUGAAUGUUGAGUAAAGAAAAUAAAUAACAUUGUUUUUGUAUUUAAUUCAGGUUCAGUACUUGUCUUUCAUUGUUGCUCCAGCUUUCCUUGUAUAAUCCAUAGUGGAAAUUGGCAAUAAAGUCUUGUUUUUUUUAACAAUCCA